AUGAAGGUAAUUGUAGUGUUUUCGUUAUUAUUGUUAGCCGUAAAUGCGGUCCCAUUUCUAAACAAACUAAUCGAACCUCACCCGGGUAAGACAUGGAUAGUCUUGUGUGCCAGUGCUGAUACCUGGAUCAAUUACGGAAUGCAGGCCGACGUAUACCACGCUUACCAAGUAAUCCGUAAACACGGUAUACCCGACGAAAACAUUAUUGUUAUGCAUUACGACGACAUUGCAUACCAUAAACAAAACCCGACCCCCGGUGUAGUCAUCAAUAGGAUAGACGGUCCGGAUGUCUAUAAAACCCCGUAUGAGGUACCGAAACACUAUACUAAGGAUGAGGUUACACCAGAGAACUUUUUAGCUGUACUUAAGGGUGAUGUGGACUUAGAGAAACAAGGUAAAAAAGUUGUCAAAAGUGGACCAAAUGAUCGUAUAUUCGUCUACCUUGAUGAUCAUGGUGCCGAAGAAACUGUAAUGUUUCCCCGUGGUGUAUUACACGCCAUUGAAUUGAACGCGGUACUCAAGAAAAUGCACAUGGAUAAUAAAUAUAGCGAGUUGGUAUUUUAUUUGGCAGCAUGCGAAGCUGGAUCAAUGUUUGAUAAACUAUUGCCAACUAAUAUCAACGUCUAUGCUGUGACCGCAACUCUACCUGGUGAAUUAGGUUGGAAGUGUGAACAUGAUAAGAACUUACAAACUUAUCUAGGUGUAUAUUUUGCAUAUAACUGGCUGUAUGAUAGUGAACACAAUGAUUUGACCAAGGAACAAAUAUCGACCCAGUAUCAAUACAUCAAAGAACAUAAUAAUUUUACCAUGGACGGUGAAUUGUUGUUUCAGCAUGCACAACAAUAUGGCAAUUUGUCUAUUGCCAAACAACAUGUUUCAACUUACAUGGGAGAUAAACAAGUUCAAUUUAACACAAAUUCAUUGCCUAACAAACCUGCGGGUAUGGCACCGGCACGUGAUGCACCAAUAUAUCUACUGAGACACCAAAUUGAACAAGCAAAUGAUAUGAAUGAGAAACAAAAAUAUGUCACAGAAUUGGAGGGUUUGUUAAGCCGUCGGAAACUAAUGGAUAAACAGAUCGCGGAAUACGUGAAUGAAUUGCCGGCAAUUGACGCCAAUAUCGCAUUGAAUGGCAAACUAGAGCUCAAUAAUAGGGAAUGCUAUCGGAAACUGGUCGACACUUUCAAUGACAUGUGUUAUGUUUUAGGACAGGUAAAAAUACAUACGCUUUGAAUAAAUUGAAAGUAUUUGUGAAUAUUUGCGAACAAAUGCGUGACUCGAGUGAUGCGGACAUUGCUGUCAACCGAUUGAUACAACACUGCAAUAAAAAUGUGAAACCAAUUGAAAGUA